UAUGUCUCGAAAACGUGCAUAUUCCUCACUAGCAAGCUGAUUCAACUGUGGGGUUGUUUCAAGACAAACUGCUACUCAUCCGGAAAGAAAUCACAAGCAUCUAGUUGCCUUCCUUCGAUACAGAGCCACCAUGGAGGACGAUCCGAAGCUACCAAUUAUAGAUCUGAAGAAAGCUCAAGACAAGACACAGAGACUCAAUGUAGCUAGAGACCUUGUCAGAGCUCUAGAGACAGUUGGUUUCCUUUACGUGGAUAAUGCUCCAGGAGUAUAUAUGGAUACUCUUCUGAAAAAUUCCAAAAGAUUCUUUGCUCUUUCAUCGGCAGAGAAACACAUGAUGGCCAAACACAAAUGGAAUCCAAUGAAUAAAAACAAAUACCGUGGCUACUUCCCUUUACAGCCAGGUGAGACAUCGUAUAAGGAAGGAUUUGAGAUAGGAGUUGAGGAGUGUCCAUUCAACGAUCCUGAUAUUCAUCCUAUGUUCACUGAACCCAAUCUCUGGCCCCGCUAUAUGGAUGGUUUCGACGUGUUUCUGCGAGAUAUGAAACAGUACUACAGAGCUAUCCUGCACACUGGAACAGAAAUACUGCGAUUGCUGGCCUUGGGAUCAGGUUUAGACGAGUACUGGUUUGAGUCGAUGUUUCUCCCUGACACACUGUCAACUCUUCGUCUUCUUCACUACCCACUGAGGUCCUCCAGCCCACCAGACACAGCUAGAGAUGGCGACAAGGUGCUCUGCUGUUCUGAACAUUCUGAUUCCGGCUUUGUGACACUCUUGGCCACCUUCCACUAUCGAGGACUUCAGAUUCGCAACCAGCAUGACAAAUGGGUUGACGUGGAACCAAGACCCAACUCUCUUGUCAUGAACAUAGGGGACAUUUUAUCAAAGACUAGUAACGGUCGUUUCAAGGCCACCAGACACAGGGUGGUUGAAACAGGUAUUGACCGGUACUCUGUGCCUUUCUUCUUUGAGCCAAGGUACAGUGCUGAGAUUGGACGUAUGAUUCCAUUUGUACAAAACAUGGAGAAGGAACUGUUCGUGAGAUCCACUGACUUGUCGACGGUGGAACCAGGGACGAAAUAUGGACCCUGGCUUAUUGGAAAGAUGCAGCAGUUUCUAGAGUACAGACACAUCCUCACACCGUUCCCUGUCACAACAGCUGCGUGACAUGAAACCAGUCCUAUGUCAUGUGGUACUCAUUGCUGUUAAAUCGCUGCAGUGCUAAAAUGUAUUUACAUAAAUGCAUGCCCCAGAGAUUAUUUGAUUGAUGAUAGUCCUUUUUGUUUAGUUUACGGAUUUUGAAAGUGAAGUAUUUGGUCGGUAGGUCGAAAAAGAUGCUUUGUACAGGAUUGUCUUUUAUCAUCUUAAAGAUUUGGGUCGAAAGGUAAUACUUAGCUUGGUUUGGUUCCUUGUAAAUAUUAUAAAUCUAAAAUCUGCCAGCGGCAUUUCCUUUUAUAGAUCGGUUGGUCUGACAGUUGAUUAGGGCAAUUCGACUUGAAAUCCCCUGUAUUAUUCUUAUUGUCAAAACGAUCUUAACCGUCGACGCUAUAAAAAUAACCUUGUCAUUCUGAUUUAAUGGGUUUUUUCUGAAUUUUCUAUUUUUAAGGUCGGUCGUUCCGUAAACCAAGCUUAAUCUGCCAUAAAACUUCAAUAGUAGAUACCGUCUCACAUUCAUAUGAAGGUUUAUUCAACGCUUGAUUCACAAUUGGGUUUGAUUACAUUUUCUAAAUGUGAGAUUGUUUUGUUCAGUCUGAUGGAUACGGCUUUCCCAAUUAUGCGCAAUCUGAUAAAGAUUCAACGGCUGUGAAUAAUCAUUGUGAGCUAUUCACAUAUGUUAUUCUUUAUUUUGUCAUAUAUCUCAGUUCUUGAUAAUAAAUACAUUUUCACUC